AUGCAGGUGCCACAGGAUGGAGAAGACUUCGCCAGCCAGCCCUGGUACCACGGCCCCCUGUCCCGUCAGAAGGCUGAGGCCCUCCUUCAGCAAGAUGGAGACUUCUUGGUUCGUGCCUCCGGGUCCCGUGGGGGCCACCCAGUGAUCUCCUGCCGCUGGCAGGGCUCAGCCCUGCACUUUGAGGUGCUCCGUGUGGCCCUGCGUCCCCGACCAGGCCGACCCACAGCCCUCUUUCAGCUGGAGGAUGAGCGUUUCCCAAGCCUGACCUCCCUGGUUCUCAGCUAUGUGACCGGGCAACGUCCGCUCUCCCAGGCCACCGGGGCUUUGGCCUCCAGGCCCGUGAUACGGCAAGGACCUAUUCGACGCAGCUUUAGUGAGGACACCCUCCGAGGCAGCCCAGCUCUGACAGAGUUGCCCAGGACUAGAAAGUGGAGUGACAGUCAGCCUGCAGGGCUGGAGCACAUGGGGCGGUCAAGAGAAGAUCACUGUGGACCAGAAGCCUCAGCCAUGCCCAUGUGUGCCCUCCCUCGGAUGGGUAGUGACCCCGUGUUGCUAAAGACCCCAGCUCCCCUGGGGUCCGUUGCUGACAGCCUCAGGGCCUCCGAUGGGCAGCUUCAUGCCAAGGCACCAACCAAGCCACCUCGAACACCCUCGCUGGUGCUGCGUGAUGCGUCUGGACGCCCCCCAACGUACUGUGAGCUGGUGCCCCGAGUGCCCAGUGCCCAAGGAACACCCCCUGGCCCCAGCAGCCCGGAGACAGAGGCCCCAUGGUGGGAAGCUGAAGAGGAAGAGGAGGAAGAGAGUAGAAGUUUUGCAAGACCACAGGCUGAGGUCUCUUUCUGCCCCCCUAACAACCCCUCCUGCCUGCUGGGCCCCCAGAAUCGGCCCCUGGAACCCAGAGUCCUGAGUACUCUCCGUGGCCUGUUCCUGGAGCACCAUCCUGGGAGCACUGCCCUCCACCUAUUAUUGGUGGACUGUCAGGUGGGUCACCUACCAGGUCCCUCCUCCUUAGACAGGGCUGAAGCCAGGCCAAGGCCGAACGGCACCUCAAACCCGUAUACUCAUUCUGCUCAGUUGACAUCCCCACUAACUCCCGCUGCCCAGGCUACAGGACUUCUAGGAGUGACCAAGGCUCAGCGGGGUGCCAUGGGGGUUGCCUCUGGCCUGGAGCUGCUCACGCUUCCCCAUGGGCAUCGCUUGAGGUUGGAACUUCUGGAGAGACAUGAGGCGCUGGCGCUGGCUGGGGCUCUGGCUGUGCUGGGCUGCGCAGGCCCGCUGGAGGAGCGCGCGGCAACCCUUCGGGGCCUGGUGGAGUUGGCACUGGCCCUGGGGCCAGGGGCGGCGGGGGACCUGCCUGGACUGGCCGCGGUCAUGGGCGCCCUGCUCAUGCCCCAGGUGUCCCGGUUGGAACGCACGUGGCGCCAGCUCCGAAGGAGCCACACAGAGGCCGCGCUGGCCUUCGAGCAGGAGCUGAAGCCUCUGAUGCGGGCGCUGGAUGAGGGCGCCGGACCCUGCGACCCCGGCGAGGUGGCGCUGCCGCACGUGGUGCCCGCGGUGCGCCUGCUGGAGGGCGAGGAACUCCCCGGGCCGCUAGACGAAAGCUGCGAGCGGCUGCUGCGUACCCUGCACCGGGCGCGUCAGAUGGCUCAGGACGCGCCCAAGUUCCGCGAAGCGGCGGCCCGGCGCCUGCGAGGUGAGCUCCCCCUCUGUUCCCGGCUGCCAGCGCGUCCGGACUUUCCGAGCACCCCGCAUGCUCUGACUGUGUGCCCCAGAGCCCACCCGGCCAGGGACCAGAGCCUUCCGCCACGCCUCCCGGAGUCCCACCCAAACCGGGCCGACCCGGCCCCCAGGGAGUUCUCGCCCCAAGGCCGCGCGCGUCCGAGCCAACAGUGUUGA